UGAUCUGGACAGGGCUUUUGGUUAUAGAGAUGAGAUGGUGAAGAAGGGUAUAAUGCCGACGGUGUCAAAUUACAAUUUGUUGAUUCAUGAAUUGUUUAUGGAAGCUAGGGAGAGUGAGGCUGAUUGUAUGGUUAGAGAAAUGGAAGAGAAGGGAAUGGUUCCUGAUGCCAUUACGUAUAAUAUCCUGAUUAAUGGCUCAGCUCAGGUGUUAAGUAGUUUAGCUUAUUGUGAUUUGGACUCGGAAAUCAAUCAUCUAUGGUACACUCAUUUCGUGGCAAGGUAAUAUGCCGGGAAUCUUACGACUUUUACCAUCACUAUACUAUUGUUUUGUUGAAUAAGUCCACGAGAUAAUGAA